AUAUCCACCCAGGCUCGUCUGAUCAACGACCUGGAUGGAUAUGUCCUUCAAAAUAAAUAUCCAUGAAUAUUUAAUUGACUUGAGUUCUUGGUUGACCACCAAGAACUCGAAGAGACAUUAGUAGACAUAGGCAGGAGUUUUUCUCUCUAGAGAUAAGGGUGUCUCUGCUACAGGAUGUAACAGAGACACCAGAUAAUUAGAUUCUCUCUUCAUUCUCCCUAAGAUAUAAAAUUUACUUCACUUAGGAUUUAGCUUUUGACUCCUACAUUCACUUUUUCAUGCACUCUGCAUGACAUGUACAUACUUCUUUGUAAAUACUUAAAUUUUCUAAUUGUUAAUAAAUAUAUUUCUGUAAAUGUAAGAGUUUUUUAGUCGGCUCGUCACUGCUCUCCCACAAUACAUGAGCAUAUUUCCGGCACCACCUCUUUUUAGGGAAGCAUCAGGUUACACUGUAUAUGUAUGUAAUAUUUAAAAAACUACAAUCCUGUUUAAACAGUAAAUAUGAAAUUACCGAUUUAAAAAUUUGCAUUGCUAAGUUAAAUUCACAUUUGCAGCAUAUAUAUAAAAGCCCAAUUUAAUGUACAUUAAUUGUAGAAUUAUAUAUAAAGUAAAUAACAUAUGCAAAGAAAUCCAAUCGUAAAAAUUCCAACCGACCCAAACGUUCGGAAAAAUAAUAUCGAACCGAAACCGAAUUUUUGACUCAAACAAAUAUGCAACCGAACCGACAGCGAACGAAUUUAUUCUGAUUUAUUCAUCCUAUCCAAACCUAUUUAAUGACUCGGCUUCGUUUUGGUUACACACCUUACCCAAAAUUCCGAUAACAGACUCAACUCUAAAUCAGUCCUUCAACUUUAAGUGGGAAUCCCAUUGUGGGAUAUAAUCAUGGAAAGUCGACAAAUAUUUUGACCUAUGUUCCGACCAAUAAUUAAUUUUUAUCUAUUUUUACGAUUUUACGAUUAUCAAUAUUACGUAACCAUUCACAAUGUGCAAAGGGUGUUGGCUAUGAUGCAAUAAAUCAAUUAAAUUUGUAUAAUCAUUGAGUGGUUUAAUUUUUGUGAUAAAAUUAACAACUUUGACGUCAAUUGAUAUCGUUGGAAUAAAGUUGUCACCUAUGUAUGAGUUCAAGAACAUAAGCAUAAAUUCUGUCCACUUCUUUUCUGGCCACACAAUGUUCAACAUGACAUAUUUUCUAAUUCUCGUAACGCUCCUCAUGUUAAGAGCGGAGGGCGUCGUCAUCCCCGCGCAGCUCGCGAAAGCACGGCUACCGACACGGUCUACAUAAUUGGAGGGUACCUUGGAGGAAGUGCAUGCGCCAAGGACAUACUAAAGUACUCUUUAUCGCGAGACACUAUCGAAGUUGUGGGAGAGUUACUUAAAGGGGUAGAGAGACCCUUCGCAGGCAGCGAUGGGAAAGGAAAUCACUACGUCAUUGGAGGAAGGGGAUAUUUGCAUGACUCUUCUUAUAUCUACAAGUUCCGGGAAGGUAGGGAAGCCGAGGUGAGCGUGGUGGGCACUCUUCCCGAAGGAAACAGCCGUGGAAUGUACCUAAAUCUUCCUCAACACAAAAAUCGUGCUCGGAAUACCUUGUACCUUGUCACCCAUGGAGGAUCGAUCAAAGGUCCUUCCAUCUACGAGUUCAGUACGAGCGGUUUAAACAUCACGAGGGAAGUGACACUGCCGGUUCUAGAAGGGUACCAAGAUUUCUUCAAGGGAGGCUGUGCCCUGGUGAAAAGGGACAGAUCGAUUUUGUUCUUUGGCACGUGGAUGCACCCAAACAGGUACGAUGUCGCUGUGGAAUACGACAUAAAAAGAGGCAAAACUCAACUGGUGCAAACACCCAGGAUGGGUGCAUGGAGGGGGAGCGCGUUCUCAGCGGCAGGAGACAGUAAGGGAAACGUGUACUUGUUUUCGACAUACGCGGAGGAAGAUGGAAGUUACCGGACGGGGUUUUAUUACUAUGACACUCGUCGAAAUGAAACGGCGUUUAUCGAUGUUUCCGGCACUAGUGGUGGUCCUUCAGAAAGAUUAAUCUUGACUACCACGUUUUACGCGGAAAAGCUAAAGAGACUGUACAUAUUUGGGGGGACCUUUGAAUUUGCUGAAUUCAAAGACGAAAUAUGGUACGUGGAUGUAAGCCGACUCACGGAUAAGAACAAACGAUCAGAAUAUGAACGAGGACCCUUUCAGGGCAAGAUUGGACCCUUAGGGAGCCGUGAGCAGGACGAAGAAUGAUGAGCAGGCCUCUAUGUUGAACCGAGGUCGACCAAAGUAUAUCAGUCAAAUUAUCUGUAAAAUUAUAUGCAAAUUAUCUGUCAAAUAAAUUAGCAAGUUAACUCUCAAAAUAUA